GGCUGCGGGGGAUGGCAAUCAUGGCAGGCAACGACAGGCACUUGUUCGCGACCGAUCGACAAACUACAAUCACGGCCAGCAGAGCGUGCUGCCGCAGCUGCGGGCCAGACUGCAGCGCCAGAGCCAGCGCAUGCAAAAUGCAUGCUGCGGCAGCGUUAUUCCGCUUAAGUAAGCGGGCCCAGCCAGAGCUGCGGCAGUGUUUUUUAUUGCCAUAACUUUAGCUUAGCCCAGCUGCUGGCAAUUGCCAGCGCGCUCUCCGCUCCUUGUGCCGUUGUGCCGUUGUGCCAGCCCUGCUCGCUGCACAGUCUUGUGGCAGCGCCGGCCUUUCUCCUCCUGGAUCGGAUCGGUCGGAUCCGAGCCAGCUGAAUAUCUACAUAUCUGCACGGCACGCCAUCCCUCCCCAUCACUCACCACUCUCCAGCCCGAUCAUUCGAACGCGAUCAUUCAGAGUCAGCGCCUUGCUUGCACUGCCUUCCUGCGCCGAGACGCGUGUACUGCUGGCACUGCCGAGCCAUAGUCACUAUACAGUACAAGCAGUGAUACUGACAUGUGCGUGCGGCCGCAGCCUGAUCACCUGCUACAAUAUCCAUUGCCAUACGAAUACGAGUGGAUGUAUAUUUAUUGCGGUUGCUUUUGUCAAGUUAUCGAGUGAUGGCAAUUGCAAUUGGAUGCAGGAUAUAGUUUAUCGAUAUUCUCUUGUUGCUCUUGCCAUGAAUAUGAAUAUGAUAGCCAGCCGGGCCCGGCCGCUUCCGCAGGACUGAAUUGAUGCAGCAUCACGCGGCCGUUGACUAAAGUAAAGCCCAGCAAGUAAUGCGCUACAACUACUUGCCCGCGACGUGCACAUGUGGGCAGAAUGAGCCAGCGCAGUGCACUGCGGCGCAGUGCGGUGCAUUGAGCCAUUGACGCGGCUGCAAUCGACCUUCAAGGAACUGAACGGCUGCGAUUGACAGGCCUGCUCUGCUCGCGUAUGGAGAUUCGGGAGCACUAGCAGGCUGGGCACGGUAUAAUUGGGAAGAGACAGUCGACUCACUCGCGGCUGCGCAAUGCAAUGCAACGCCUGAUGCACGUACAGCAGCAGCGCCGAGCGUUGCCUUUGUGUACCAUCUAUCGCAUUAAGCAGCUUACACUUAAUUGAAGGGAUCAGCAUUACUUAAGCCCGCGCAGCUUCGUGCCUUCUUUACAUGUAUACAGUGUGUGGCACCGGCGCAGAUAAUAUCUCGCGCAGGCAGCGCCGUCAACGUGAAUGAAUGCCGAUGAUGGCAAUCUUCCCUGACAAUGUCAACUCAACCUUUGAUACAAAUGUCAGCGCGGCCCUUGACUGGCCGAGCCAGCAUCCUCAGUAAGUGCCUCAUUAAUCCCUCCUAAUCAUCCCUUUCAAGCCGGGUCGGGCACAACGGACCGGGACGGAACGCAGCGGAACGGGACGCCGGCGCGCUAAGCCUCCAACAAUUGGCUUGUUCAGCGGCCAUUGUUCAGCGGCCGCGAAUUGCGUAUUGCUUCGCGCGCUUCCCAGCCGCAAACAAUCUUAUUAUAGGCUGCGCGUGCUGGCAAUUGGCUGUCUUUAUGGCGCUGUUUGAGCCUCGUCGAGAGCGAUUAAUGACGCCAAUUAUUCGGCUAUGAUCAACAUGUAUUUCUCCUGUCGGCACAUGUACACGCCUGCAUUUUCACAUCUCUUCCCGAGCAAGGAUAACAUCCAUCGCCAAUUUAUAAAUUAGCAUCCAGUGUUAGCCAAAUAUGCGCAGUCCAUUAUUGGAUGUCGCCACAUCUACAAGCCCGGACGCCGUUCAUCAUUUUCAAAAUAUCUUUAUGCGGCCAUACUCGUUGUGCGCUCUGAGAAAUCGCCCACCGCGACGUUGAGCGGGGAACGCACUGCACUUGCAGUACGUGGACAGCAGCGUCACCUCCCUUGCGGCUGAUGACAACUCGCACCUGGCCAGAGCAAGAGCAGCAUGCAGCGGCGCCCGCCUCUCUCCUCACCGCGACGCCACUUAUAUACGGGAAACGCCAACGCACCGCUCCAGCGGAAUCGUCCAGCGGGCAGCGUGUUCGCCGGCUCUCAGUGAAAGCCUUCAGUGUCGACAAGCACAGAUCUAGAGAAGCGGCGAUUACGGGUUCCGCACACCGUAAGCGGCACGAGCCGCAGCUGGCGCUGACCAGCUCCGUCCAUGCAGCCGCCAACGACCGCCACGCAUUCAGCCUGCCGGAAACCAUCCGUCCGCGAUGGCAGUGGCGGCGCGGUGCAAAGGUCAAUAAUAAUCCUGUUGCUGCAACCGGAUCCCUGCCGGCUGAUGAUGAAAACCUGCGUGCCAACAGCAACGUAACUAGACAUGCCCCGCAUUUCCGGCGGGCGCGGCUCUUGCGCGUUCGCAUCCGGCGGGGUCAACAGCUGCAGAGCACCGCUGCUACCCGCGCUGCACCGUGGGAAUACAUGUCGACAGUGCCGGCUAACGCUGCAACUACCGCCUCAUCUCUCCACCGUCCGGCGUCCAGCUCUGCCGGCAACAGCGACCGACCCGCUCUUUCCGCUCGAGCCGGUCGCGACAAUCAUCCACGCCGGCUCCUGCGCAACCGCUCCACCAAUCAUUCCUCAACCCCCAUGCCUGUGCCUCUGGCGCCACCUCCGUUGGCACCUCCCACACCACCGCUGCCCGCGUUCCCGCUGAGCUCCGACACCGCGACGUCCGCGCAGACGGCGCUAAUCAUCGUGGGCACUGGCAUCGUGUUGGCCCUGCUAGUGGUGCUGCUGGUGUGGUUGGCGUGCCACGUGACUAACAAGCGCUAUCAGCGCCGAAUGCAGGCCAAGGAACAGAAGCGGCUGCUGCCCGUUAGCACCACCGUCGUGCCGGUGGCCGUGGCCCGACAAAAUGCCACCGUCGAGUCCGCGCGGCGGGACGAUACGCGACAUCCGCCAGCCGGAUGUUCUCGGGAGGACCGCCAGCAGGCCACCUCUUCCCGGCGGCCAUCGGCGCGAGUCCUGGCCGUGGCCAGUUCGUCCGGGUCGUACGAUGACGGCGCUUACACGGGACCCAAACCGGCCGUCACAGUGACGUCCCCGUCGCCGACUCCCGUCAAAUCCAUCCUUCGCAAUCAGCAAUCGCCGCCCGCCGGUCGGCAGGCGAAACUCGAAGACGAAAGCCCCGAUUCAGACGAGGCCGAUCUCCUUCGGCAGCCCUUGCUAGCCGAUGCCGGUAGUGAACAAGCUGCCCACACGCCCGAUAUUGUCGCGCGAAUGGCAGAUAUUUCCACUGCUCAAGUGAUUCACCAUCCCCAACCGGAAGUAUCGGAUAACGAUGCCGAAAUGCAGGAUGACUCAGUUGGUGCCUUUUUCUCCGUUUCCCCGAAAAUCGAGGGAGAAGGACGGUACGCGUACAGCCAGUCGGCCGUCUUCUGCAAAGGUCAAUCACACCCGCUGCUGCAUCCGCAUUUCCACUCGCAGUCCAGCGAAGACUUCCCCAUCACCAUCAACUUCCCGGUAUCGGUUUCCACCGACACGCCGAUGGCGCCGGAUGCCGGCACACGGCUGAGCAUGGAGAAUGCGGCCGCUCAGAUCGAAAUGCUGCAGCAGGAAGUCAGCGGUGUGCAUUCAGCAACGCACGAGACACCCGGCGGGGCGUCGAUGCAGCGAGACAUUUCCGGUUUGAGCGACACGAUUCUGCCCACUCCCUGGCCCCCUCCCGGCCUGCAAUCCAGAAAUGCUCCGGCAAGCACGCAGGCACCUGCUUCAACCGAUACACCGGCCUCGGCGCCGAUUCAGCAGCCGACAGUCGUCUGCCGCGAAACAGUCACCGAUCCCUGCAUCGCGCUGUGGGAACUGCGCAGCGCCCUGGAGAACAGCCCGUCGCCGGUGUCGGGGGAUGACCGUGUGGCGCAGACGCCCAUGGCCAUCCGCCUCUUCCCCCUGGUUCCCCCCGCGGAAGCGGGUGCUGCGAUGGAGUGGGAGGAGGCCGGCAGCAGCGGCCAGCGCCAGCGGCAGCUGCUGGUCAAGCGGCUGUCCUCCUGCACCACCACCGACGAGUGCUACGCCAGCACGACGACGCCGGUCAGCGACGACGCCCUGGCCACCGCCGUCGCUCUGCAGCUGCAGCGGUCAGUGGCCACGGCGCCGCGCCACCACUACGCCGAGAUCUGCACGGCCUCUGAGAGCGUUUCCGCCUGCAGCACUGUGCCGGUCAGCCUGCUGACGUCUCUGACUUCCUUUGAAUCCAACACGCCUUCCGAAGAGUCAUUCGACGCGUCCAGCUGUGCCCGCGCCAUUGAAGCCAUCUUCGACGAACCGAGCGAUCUGCCGGUGGGCGAGCAGAAGCCGAAGCCGCCCGCGGCGACGCACCUGACUCCGCCGGUGAACACGGGCGGCCGCCAGAAGGUGCGCACCAUCACGCGGCUGACCUCGCAGCAGAAGCGCCAGAGCUUCAAGAAGGCCCACCGCUCCGCCGUGCAGCCCUACCGCACGCCGGCGCCGGCUAGCGAGGUCCGCGUGGCAGCCUCCACCUCGGCUGCGGCGGGCGGUCCGAUGAACUACCGCGCGGUGGACCCCGUCGACGCGCUGCUGCUGGAGAACACGCGGCUGGCGCUGGCGGCGAUGGCCACGAGCGAGGUGACCCAGGCCGUGACGACCAUGUCUCUGGAGUUGACCUCGAUGCCGGUGGGAGAUGCCGCAGCCAGCAGCACCGGCGACAGAGCCGGCGCCACGUCGCCCAGUCGGCUGCAGCUGCAGCACAUGAAGAGCGACUCGGGAUACAAGUCGCAGUCCUUCGAUGCCACCUGCUCGGCCGGGCACGCCGCGCAGCCACCGGCCUUCAUGCACUCCUUCAAGAGCGUCCCGGUCUUGCCCCUGGCCGACCCACAAGUCCUGGAAUCGGUCAAACUGCAGUCCUCGCUAUUGGAGCAAAAGUUCGUCCCGAAUCCGGCACCCAGAGACAGCCAUUUGCAACCGGUGAGCGUGGUGGCAACCGCCACCCAAAUGCUGCUGACCUCGUCAGAGUACGACGAGCCCAUCACCGACUGCAGCUUCGAGCUGAGCGACGCCCUGCUGUCCCUGACGUCCUCCACCGACCAGGAGCGCAGUAUCUCGCCCCGCCUCCCGCCCUUCCCGCCCGCCGCGCACCCCAGCCAGCCCAUCCCGCUGCUCCUCCACCCGGCCACGCCCACCUCCCCCUCGGCCCCCAAGAGCCGCGACUGGUCCAUCGACGCGCAGUCCGACCGGCUCUUCCGCGAGUUCUCCGGCCCCGCGUUGGCCGCCUCGUCGCGCUAUACCCUGACGGUGGCUUCACGCAGCGGCAUCAGCAAGCGCCGCGGCCGUGACCCGCUGUCCACCCGCAACCGGGACCUCCGGGCCGCCCUCAAGCACGCUGCGGCCGGGGGCGCCGUCGUCGGUCUCCUGUCGGCGUCCGGCGUCGGCAGCGGUCGGCGCCUGAAGCGCUCGCCCUUCUCGGCGUCGUCUUCGCACAGCGGCACGCCGGCGCAGCAGAGCAUCGAGGAGACGGAGGAGGAGGGGCAGGAGCAGGAGCAGGACAGCCAGUCCACUUCCGCCUCGGCCUCCAGCAGCCACACCACCGCCUCGCACAGCACCGUCAUCUACGUCCCCGGUGACCUCGCGGGUCCGGCAGCGGCCAGCGCCGAAGCAGGCGCCAGCAGCCGGAAGUCGCGCUCAGCCGGGCAGCCCCGCGCGGCGGAGGACCAAAUGCCGGACUUCAUCAUCUGCUCCACGAAGGAGCAGCUGACCACGCAGAUCAGUCUGCGCUCGCGGUCGCCGCAGCUGCGCCACGUGCCCAUCAUCAAGCUGCCGGACCAGGAGAGCGAGGAAGUCUGAUGCCCGCAGUCGCGCUCAGCAUCCUCGCUCGGUAUUCUCAACAGCGAAUAAUGUGCCUCAACAGUAUUACAAUCAAACGUUUCCUUGUUUUCUUCGCCGACCACUAACUAGGACCGCUAAUCUUUUGACUAAUGCAUCUUUUUCAAACCAAAUCAAAAUUUAGCGAUUUUUGCACAUAGUGAAGCGUAUGCAGAGACGAGAGUGAUUCGCUUCCGUUUUGCUGCUGCAAACCGUUGUAGAACCGGGCUGACUCAGUGCCUACCUGCAGAUAUAUUGGUGUGUACUUCUGCAUAGCGUUCCUAAUUAUUAAA